AUGGACACAAAAACAACAUUAUUCACUUUCACAAUCCUCUUUCUCUUCACCAUCACCUUUCUCAAAGCCCUCACUUCACUCCUGAAUCUAAACAAAACCAAACCAAAGCAUCCACCAGGUCCUCGAGGUCUUCCCAUAGUGGGAAACCUUCUCCAACUGGGUGCCAAGCCCCACCAAACCCUGGCCAACUUGGCCAAGAUUCAUGGCCCAAUAAUGAGCCUCAAACUCGGACAAAUCACCACCAUUGUGAUGUCCUCAGCGGAGACAGCCAAAGGGGUGCUCCAAAUCCACGACCACUUUCUCUCAAACAGGAAGAUCCCUGAUGCAAUGAAAGGUGCCAACCAUGACCAGUUUAGCUUACCCUUCAUCCCAGUUUCACACAAUUGGAGAGAGCUCAGGAAACUCUGCAAUGGCCUCUUGUUCUCCAACAAGAACUUGGACUCCACUGAGGGACUCAGAAGCCACAAGAUUCAAGAGCUUUUCAGUGACAUUCACCAUAGCAGCUUGAGAGGUCAACCUGUGAAUAUUGGAAGGUUGGCUUUCAAGACGACAAUAAAUUUGUUGUCAAACACAGUCUACUCAGAGGAUUUGGUUCAGUCUGCUGAAAGAGCGGGGGAGUUCAAGGAGCUGGUGACCAACAUCAUGAAAGAGAUUGGAAGGCCAAAUUUGGCUGAUUGUUUCCCGGUGCUCAAGGUGCUUGACCCUCACGGCAUCAGAAGACGCACAGGAAGUUACUUUUCGAAGCUGUUGAACAUAUUCGAGGGCUUGAUUCACAAAAGGUUGGAGCUGAGAAAAGAUGAUGCUGGUUAUUGCACCAAAAAUGACAUGUUGGAUGCCAUUCUCAACAAUGCUCAAGAGAAUUGUCAAGAGACCGACAGGGUUAAGAUUCAACAUUUGUCAUUGGACUUGUUUGUGGCAGGAACUGAUACAGUGACAUCCACAGUCGAAUGGGCAAUGGCUGAGUUACUUCACAACCCAAAUGUUAUGUCAAAGGCAAAACAAGAGCUAGAGAGGACUAUUGGAAAAGGUAACCUUGUGAAGGAAUCAGACAUAGCUAAACUCCCUUAUUUGCAAGCCAUAGUGAAAGAGACUUUCAGGCUGCACCCUGCAGUUCCACUUUUACUACCUAGAAAAGCUGAAGAGGAGUUCGAGAUGCAUGGAUACACAAUUCCAAAGGGUGCACAAGUGUUAGUUAAUGUGUGGGCCAUAGGAAGGGACCCUAAUUUGUGGGACAAGCCAGGUUUGUUUUGGCCAGAGAGGUUUUUGGGGUCAGAAAUUGACUAUAAAGGAAGGAGCUUUGAGCUGACCCCAUUUGGUGGUGGGAGGAGAAUAUGCCCUGGCUUGCCAUUGGCCAUAAGGUUGUUGUUCUUGAUGUUGGGGUUGCUCAUCAAUUCCUUUGAUUGGGAGCUUGAGGGUGGGAUUCAACCACAGGAUAUGAAUAUGGAUGAAAAAUUUGGACUCACCUUGGAGAAGGCUCAACCUGUCUUGGUUAUUCCAAUCAAACCAACUCAUUAG